AUGGGAAGUGUUUAUACUACUCCCUGGGGUGUAUACUACUACACCCCACUGGAAUAUGUGCUGAGCAAAGGCCAGAGCCCCAGAAGAAAACAAGUGUGGACUCAGCGAGCUGCCCUCAUCGGAGUGCGAACCCCGCCGGCCCGGGGCUGAGGGGGCAUCGGUGGUCUGUGUGAUAUGGCAAUGAGCCCCAUACUGUCGGAGUUCCUGAGAGAGCUCCCAGGCUGGUUCCUGCUCUCUGGCAUCUUCCUGCCCGUGACUUUGUUGCUCCUCCUCCUCAUUGCCUAUUUCAGGAUCAAGCUGAUGGAGGUUAAUGAAGAACUGUCACAGACUACCGAUCACCAACACAAUCGUCAGGCUAGCUCUUCCGGGUACCAGAGAAAGAAAUGGACGUGA